AUGCCUGUAAGAGCAUGCAGUGCCAGUGCCUUGAAGCACAUGCAGUGCCAGUGCCAUCAUCAGGCACCAACAGGAGCUCAGAGGAACCACAGAAAACACCCUCCAGCACCAAAUGCCUGGACCAUGGCCCUGGGAAAGGGGCAGCCCCCUGGCCCACCAACCCGGCUCCACGGCAGAAGCAGGGACGAUAAAAAUCUCUAUUUGUCAGGUGAGAUCCGGGCCUCUCCGAGGCCCAAGCUUCGGGCUCCCACGCCACCCGCUCCGCCGAGUGACCCGCCGGGCAGAGCCCCGCAGAGCCCCAGGCCCCGCCGAGGAGCCGCCGCCGCCGAGCCGGGCCCAGCCGAGGAGCCGCCGCCGCCGCUGCCGCCGCGCAGCAUCACUCCCGACAAAUUGGAUUCGGCGCCCAUCCGACACACGGCAAAAUCCCGGCCCGGCCUCUGCGCGGAGCGGGGCGGGGGCAGAUCCCCAGGUGCCGGCCCCGUCCCCUCCCGUCCCGUCCCGUCCCGCCGAGCUGCUCGACGAGACCUCUCAGCCCCCGGCUCUGCCCCGGCCCGCCUUUGCAAACCUCUGCUCCUCCGCGGAGCGUGCGCCUGGGCCUCCAGAAGCUCCCCGGGGCCGGGGCGGUACCGCCCGGGGGACGCGGCGUGUGCCGGCGGGGGCGGACGCCGCGAAGCGGAGCGCCUGCACCGGCAGCGCGCCCGCGGGCAGCGCCGCGCGUCCCGCACCGCGAGUCCUCGGGCGCCGUCGGGCGGGACGGACCGCGGCUCCGCCGCUACGCUCGGCGCCCCUCCGCCUGCCCGUCCGCCGCCUCCCCGCCCUGCCCUGACACCUGACUCGGACCCAGGGGCGUUUUGCCGCCCCGACGGCUCCGUGCAUCCGACGGCCACCGCUCCCCUUUCCCGCGCUGACAGGCCCCAGGUUCGGCUCGGCCUGGCCGGAGCGGCCGGGGCCCUCCCCGCAGCGCGCCGGCCCGGUGCGGCCCCGCGGGCGCGGACUAGCCGCCCUCCUCUCGGUCCCGGGCCCGCGGCGCGACCUGGCGCUGGGCUUUUCCCUCCGGGAGGACGCUUGUUUACUCGCCCCGUCCGUUUUAAUGCGAUCCCCCGGGGGCUCGGGAGUUACUUCCAGGGAGCUUGUCCUCCGUUCGGUAAGCCUAGACGGCGGCCGCCCCCCGGGGGGGAAGACCCGGGCGGCGUCGCCAGUCGCCGCGAGGAGCGUCCGCGCCCGCGGGGAGCCGGGCCGAGCCGCCCUCGGCUGAGCCAAGCCGAGCCGAGCCGGCGGCCUCCGUCCCGACGGCCGCCGGCGAUCCCUGCGGCGCACCCACGCUGCGCUCAACCACAGCCCCAUCUUACCUCGGCGGGCUGGGCGGUGCGGCGGGGCCGUCCUGUCCGGUGCGGGGCCGCGGCGGCGGCAAGCUGGGAAGGUGUGCGGCCCCCAGCAUCCCGGCGGGCUGGGAAGGUGUGCGGCCCCCAGCAUCCCGGCGGGCUGGGAAGGUGUGCGGCCCCCAGCAUCCCGGCGGGCUGCGCCGCCCGGCUCCGGCCCGCUGUUCUGAGCCGUAACGUCCCUCCCCGGCCGUCAGCGGCGGCUUCGCUCCUGGUGUCCCGCUCGUGGCUCCUCUCAGUGAAAGGAUCGCGAGUGAACCCCGUUUCGCUCGUCGGGGCUGAGAUCCAGUGCUGGGGAAACCUCCUUCUGCAUAGACAAGGGCUCUGA